AUGACGCAAGAAGAGCUCAGAAACCUAGAAAUCUGGGAAACUAAGCUUAAAGGAUGCUACGAAACCUACAAAAGGUACUCAACAGCAAUCCAAGACGAACUCAAUGACGCGGAUGCAGACCAGGCGGAAUACGACGCCGAAACUGACAUCACGUACCAAACACAAGAUGAGGCAACCAUAACCCGCGACAUAAUCACACAAGGGAUUGCAGCCAUACCUACGCCUCAAGCGCCAGUGGAUAACGUAACCGCAGCAGCUCCACCACAAUCAACACAUUCGAUGAGACUGCCACAAAGGCAAAUUAAACAUUUCAAAGGGGACAUUUUAGAAUGGACUCAAUUCUGGGAAUCGUUUAAUGCGGCGAUUCAUUCCUCAACCCUUACCAACGUUCAAAAGUUUGAUUAUCUUAAAGAGUAUUUGAAAGGCGAAGCUAACUUAAUUGUUAAUAAUCUUGAAUUAACAGAUGCUAACUACCAGGUAGCCAUCGACGAGUUAACAAGAAGAUAUGGCAAAAAACAGGUUAUGAUCGACGCUCACUUCAACAAACUGCAUACCUUGCAGCCAGUGAAAGACGGAAAUGAUGAGCCAGCCCUUAGGAGUUUUCAGCUGAAUCUUCAAUCGCACAUCAGUGCCUUGGAGACAUUAGGAGUCCCAACGACUUCUUUCGGGGGACUCCUCGGUACUCAACUAAUCAAAUUAAUUCCUUCAAGUUUACAGCUAGAAUGGGCAAAAUCAGAGUCCAACAAAUCAACGGACAUUGAAGGAGUAAUAAAAUUCAUCGGCGACCAAAUCGACGCAGCCGAAAGAUUCAACAGGAUUAGAGGAGUAGAAAAGGAAAAACCAUCUCCAGCUCCUAAACAACCAAAGCCUUUCAGCCCACCUCUAGCAACAGCGUCCCCAACUGGCCGUUGGCGCUAA